CAAACGAGUUCAACACAAGCAUGUCUGCCAGGAAGUGUCCACGUCUGUCAACAGAAAUUCAACUGGAGAUACUCGAAUUCCUUGCAGAGGAUGCUCGACAUGCAGUUUCAGAGUUCCAUUACGACAAGGCAUGGCGCUGCUAUGCUCGAUUCCUUCUGCCUGCUAUACUAGUCAAUCGAGACUGGGCCACUCGAGGCACAGACUUACUUUGGCGUGAACCNUUCACUCCUGCAUUGGCCAAGAUACACCGCCAACGCCGACAGCUGUACGCCGACAAGGUUCAGAGCAUUGGGCUCUACCUAUACCGAGCCGACCACAUCGAAUGUCCUGCAGCUUUUGCAAACCUCAGCUUCCCGCAGCUGAAGAGACUNGAAAUCAACUCUUGCCCACCUUGGAUGAACCUCGACCUUCGUCCAUAUCUGAACUCGAGUAUCGCGUCGUUCACCAUGUUGAAAUGUGAUCAUUUGCCCAAGUCACUACUUGACCUGGUUGCUUUCUGCUGUCCGAAGCUUCGGGACGUACAUCUGGACUGCGUGGCUGGAGAUCAAAGAAACGAACAUUUUCUCAAGUUUCUAAGGAAGUGUAAGCAUUUGCGUGAGCUCACUUUGAGCUCCGAGAAUGGCUUGAGAAUUCCAGUAGAUGUGCUGGAGAACCUGGUAUCUCGGAAACAGUUCGAAUGCCUUUGUGCUCCACUCAACCUCAUCUCGUACCAUUCGAUAGCGGCAAUCAUGCAAGACAAUCCACGCCUACGCCCUUUCCGCAACGCACACAAUCUAUCCUUGAGCAUCGAGUCGAGAGCAGUGAGGCCCGUUCUCUCAACAGCGGAAUCUCUGGUCGAACUGCAAUUAGAUCUAGCCGAUUCUGAGAAUAAUGUCUUCGGGCUCAUCGGAUCGUUGCAUUGCCUGGAGACGGUUGAACUUUCCUUUUCUAAGCCCAAGCGUCUCGCCAUCCAAGAGCUGCAGUCAAUAUCGAGCUUGACACGUCUGAAAGACCUCAGUAUCUACGGACCCUCCGCAGACCCGUAUCAGGAGACUGGGCCUCUAUUGGUUGCUGAAGGCUGGACCGAUGACCUGUUCGACACCUGGAUAUUAAGUUAUCCUAACCUGGAGAAGUUGAUGUUUGCCGUUCGCCCAAUGGACAGUCAUUGGAUCUCAGAAACUAGGAUAAUUGGGAAGAGCUGUUCGAAGCUGACCAUGUUGUCCAUGGACGGUAUACAUGAUAUAGGUGCUUGGAGGGUGUCAUCUCGGCCACUCUUUCCCACAUUGCGUCACCUCGAACUCGGGCAGCUGAAGCCGUGGCCCUUCUCCACGAGUGCCGAGGAAGCUGAGGAACAUGCAAACGGACUUGCAAAACUGAUUCAUCAGCAUGCGCCGGUGUUAAGAGGGCUCAGUGUGGGGAGGGACAAUCUUGCAGAUGCCGUCGCUCAAGCUUACAAUCAGCUGGAACACGUUGACAACACAGACGUUGUGAUUUAUAAUCCA